GUCUUCUCUUCUGUGUCAAUCAGCUGUGAAGCGCCUGAUGAAGGAGGCGGCAGAACUCCGAGAGCCUACAGAGCAUUACCACGCUCAGCCACUAGAGGAUAAUCUCUUUGAGUGGCACUUCUCUGUGCGAGGACCACCGGACUCAGACUUUGAUGGUGGAGUCUACCAUGGUAGGAUUGUGCUGCCCCCGGAGUACCCCAUGAAGCCCCCUAGCAUCAUACUGCUCACGGCCAAUGGCAGGUUUGAGGUGGGGAAGAAGAUCUGUCUCAGCAUCUCUGGCCAUCACCCCGAGACCUGGCAGCCCUCCUGGAGCAUACGGACUGCGCUAAUAGCUAUAAUCGGAUUUAUGCCAACCAAAGGAGAGGGCGCAAUAGGAUCUCUUGAUUAUACCCCAGAGGAGAGGAGAGCCCUCGCCAAAAAGUCUCAGGACUUCUGCUGUGAGGUGUGUGGCUGCACCAUGCAGUCGGCCCUCCUGGCUCUGUCCCCCAACAGCACCCCCCGCCCAGAGGACCACGAAGCCAAAGAACUCGCACAGCAGAUCAGCUUUAAGGCUGAAGCCAGCGUGUCCAGUAAAGCUGGGCAGAGCAGUGGGGCUGAGAGCCAAGCCGCCUCCAACAGCCAGGAGGAGGAAUCCUCUUCAGACAGCCAGGCCAGUGUGGGGCCACCACAAACCCCCGAGACAGAGGAGUCUAGUCCAGCCAGCGGUGAGGAGGUGCCCGUCUCCACCCUCGUGCCCCCUGUGGCCCCUAGCAACAGCAGCUCCCGCUCCUUGAGUCCCCGUCAGCGGCGUGCUCAGCAGCAGGGCCAGGAGCAGCCGCCCCGUCGCCCCGCAUUCCCAGCAUUCCCUGCAGCACCCCAGGCACCCGCUGAUGGCAGCCAUACUGGCUCUGUGGUGCUGAUCGUGCUGCUCACACUGGCUCUCACUGCACUCAUCUUCCGUAGGGUCUAUCUGGCCAAUGACUAUAAGUUUGACUAUGAGCUGUGACGACAUUUGAACACACACACACACACACACAAAAAACACAAACGCACAGAUACAUUGCCCAUGUCACUCAACCCAGUAUAACUGACACUGCCUAGGUAUCAGCAAGACUGACACUGUUCCUGCCAGUUAAGAGACAAAAAGAUGUCUUCUGCCAUGGCCCUGUAUGGGGCAGAGUCUGUGGCAGUCCUGGGGGACUUCUCUGUGUAACCACAGAAGGUUUCCUCAGUAGUGUUGGCGUCUUUGCAUUCCUGAAGUUUGGAGUCACAGCAGUAAUUGAGCAGAGACAUUGAGUUUUUAAGAAGUCCAAGUACCAUGUAGAACAUAAGUUAUAUCAUAUUUUACAUCCACAUCAGACAAGGAAGCAAACCAGCAACCUAUUAUACAAAUCUAGAUAUAUCUGCAACAUAAGUACCUUACCAAAGGAUAAAGUCUAUGCUAUUGAUGUAUUGUGAUGUAAAACUUUGGGGGUUUUCUGUAUGUCACUGUUUAAAUUGACAUCUUAGUUUAGAACUUAAUUACAAAUCAUCAGAUGUUAAUUUACAUUUUAAUUCACAUGUUGUGCAUUGUUUUGUGCUGCUUGGGAACAGCAUAUACCAAUUUAUGUAUCUCGUAGGUUAAGUCAAUUAUUUACGUCAUAAAGUCAGUCCAAAGCUCUACUCUACUUGUGAGGGUAAUUGGCAUGUAUGUUUAAAAUACCAAUUCCUACAGUACUGUAAGACUUAAAGUUUUAGCAAGAUGGAUCAUUAUUACAAGAGAAAUGUUCAAUAGAAUGGUCCUCUUGGAUGUCAUGGGGAAGGUCAUUUACGAUGAAAUUAUGUGUUAUUCUUUUUUCUGUUUUUAAGUCGGGUUUAUUUUGGUAAUGAGUGUAACAACCACAUCAUGCUUUUACAGCUGAAAAAUGAGUGGCCAGUGGCAGAUAGCAUGUGACUAAUGUGACUACUAGUUUCUUCAAAACUUCAAGGAGAAAACAGACUGAAAAUAAAUAGCCUAUCUGGGCAGUGACAACAAUGGA